UAAUGAAAGUGGGUGAUAUUCCAAAUGAAGUCUAUAAUAGAAGAAACUAAGUUCAUCGUCUAGUUGAAAUGGAAGAAAUGAAUCUAAAAAACAAUGAAAAUCUAAAUUAACCUCUUGUAAAUGAAGAAAGUUUAUAACAACCUUUAAAGUAAUCUCAAUAAGAACCUGUUGGUUGUUUGGCAAGAAUAUUUGGAAUGUCUAAAUCUAAACCAUAAUAAAAAGAAGAAGAAUACAAACCAACUGAAUUGAAAGAUCAUUAUGAUCUAUAUGAUGAAAGUUGGUUUGAUGAUUAGAGGAAUAUUAUCUUAUAAUCAUAAGAAACACCAACUCCAGAUGGAAAAAAAGAAAUUACUCAUAUAAUUUGUCCAGAUGAUACAAUAGAAGGAUUAGAAUUAUAAUAUGGAGUGCCAGCAUGUAGAAUACGGACUUAUAAUAACUUAUAAACAAAUGAUAUAUUUUAUUUGAAAAAAUUGCUUAUUCCAAAUCCUACAAGUGACUAUAAAAAAUAAGAUAUGUAUAUAUAUAAUAUUGAUAUAGUGAUAUUGAGAAGUAUAUGUAAGAAUUGAAAAUUGGACUCUUCUUAGAUUAAGUAUGUUAACCAGAAGAUAAAAGUCGUAAAGUUGCAAUGUAUUAUAUAAUAUCAAUUUAGAUUUUACUUAGAUAUGAAUAAUUGGAGUUAUCAAAAAGCUGCCCUAGAAUAUAUAGAAGAUUAUAAAUUCGAAUUGCUAUAAAAAGAAGCCAAGAAAACAUCUACUCGUAAAGUUUAUUAGUGAUU